AUGAAUGAAACUGGACAGACAUCCGCCUUGGUCAAAAGGCUCCACCGUGACCUCGCCCAGAAAUAUCAACUUCAUGGAUCGCGAAUUGAACAGAUAUGGCGCUCCUGGGACAAGAGCCGACGAGAUAAAGCUGUGAAGGCUGGCGCUGUUAGAGGGAAAGUGCUAGCACACCCGACAGAUCAAACCAUGGGCAACAUGUAUAAAGUUAUACCGGAGUGGAAUUUACGGGACCUCACACAGCCGGAGUCGGACUAUCUCCUCGAUCAUUUGAAGCAUCGCGCGACUAAAUCUCUCUCAGAUCAGUAUCAUGAGGGAGUCCAUGGCUCACCAGGUGAUCAUGCAUUCAUUCUGGAGAGCAUGCGUGUCAAUCAUCUGCGCCAUGUGAACCCCUUCCGAAACAGUUUCACGUUAUUCAUCGAGGAAGAUCAAUAUGGACAGUCCUAUGACGUUACAGACUCUGCCAAGUACAGAGAAAUGAUGACCGGGCUAUCAACAGCUGUGAAUGCUGGGCUCUGCGUUCCCCGGUCGACGGGUGAGCUUAUUCUGCAGAGACAGAUGUAUCUUUUGCAGGCGCUGAAUGUCCUGGUCGGGGACAUACUCGAGGACGGGUCGAUAUAG